AUGGCUCUGAGCCUCUGGCCCCUGCUGCUACUGCUGCUGUUGCUGCUGCUGUUCUGCACAGUGACGCUGGCCCCUAUUGGGCCUCAGUUUUUGGAUCAUGGUCUCUCCCUCCUGAAGUCAUUUCUCUCUACGCUGGACCAAGCUCCUCAGCGUUCCCUCAGCCGCUCUCAGUUCUCUGCAUUUAUGGCCAAUAUUUCUUCUUCCUUUGAGCUUGGGAGAAUGGGGGAGGGACCUGUGGGAGAGCCCCCGCCUCUCCAGCCCCCUGCCCUCCGGCUCCAUGAUUUCCUAGUGACACUGAGAGGUAGCCCAGACUGGGAGCCAAUGCUAGGGCUUCUGGGAGAUGUGCUGGCGCUGCUAGGGCAGGAGCAGACUCCCCGGGACUUUUUGGUGCACCAAGCAAGUGUACUGGGUGGACUCAUCGAGGUGCUGCUGGGAGCUUUGGUUCCUGGGGGCCCCGCUGUCCCUACGCGACCUCCGUGCACCCGCGAUGGGCCCUCUGACUGCGUCUUGGCUGCCGACUGGCUGCCUUCUCUGCUCACGUUGUUGGAGGGUACCCGCUGGCAGGCCCUGGUGCACUUGCAGUCCAGCGUGGACCCCAGCAAUGCCACAGGCCUCGAUGACAGGGAACCAGCCCCUCACAUUUUGCAAGGUCUGUUGAGCUUGUUUACUCCCACAGGGGCUCUGGGCUCUGAGGAAGCUCUUUGGGGCGGUCUUCUACGCACAGUGGGGGGCCCCCUCUAUGCUGCCUUUCAGGAGGGGUUGCUCCGUGUUACUCACUCCCUGCAAGAGGAGGUCUUUUCCAUUCUGGGCCAGCCAGAGACAGAUGCCAAUGGGCAGUGCCAGGGAGGUAACCUUCAACAGCUGCUGUUAUGGGGCAUCCGGCACAACCUUUCCUGGGAUGUCCAGGCCCUGGGUUUUCUGUCUGGAUCACCACCCCCACCUCCUGCCCUCUUGAACUGCUUGAGCACAGGUGUGCCUCUGCCCAGGGCUGCCUGGCCCUCAGCCCACAUCAGUCCUCGACAACGACGAGCCAUCUCUCUGGAGGCUCUCUGUCAGAACUACUCUGGCUCAGCACCGCCCUACAGCAUUUCCAACUUCUCCGUCUACUUGCUUUGCCAGCAUGCCAAGCCUGCUACCCCGCAGCCUCCUCCCAGUACUGCUGCCAUCUGCCAGACAGCUGUGUGGUAUGCGGCCUCAUGGGUACCAGGUGCCCAAAGCUGGCUACAGGCCUGCCAUGAUCAGUUUCCUGAUCAGUUUCUGGAUGUGAUCUGUAGCAACUUCUCCUUUUCAGCCCUGUCUGGUCCCAACCGUCGCCUGGUAAAGCGACUCUGUGCUGGCCUGCUUCCUCCCCCUACCAGUUGUCCUGAAGGCCUGGUCCCUGUGCCCCUCACCCCAGAGAUCUUCUGGGGUUGCUUCUUGGAGAAUGAGACUCUGUGGGCUGAGCGGCUAUGUGUGGAGGAGAGUCUGCAGGCUGUGCCCCCCAGCAACCAGGCCUGGGUUCAGCAUGUAUGCCAGGGCCCCACCCCUGAUGCUACUGCCUUUCCACCCUGCCAUAUUGGACCCUGUGGGGAACGCUGCCCAGAUGGGGGCAGCUUUCUGCUUAUGGUCUGUGCCAAUGACACCAUGUAUGACGCCCUGGUACCCUUUUGGCCUUGGCUAGCAGGCCAGUGCAGGAUAAGUCGUGGGGGCAAUGACACUUGCUUUCUAGAAGGUCUGCUGGGUCCCCUUCUGCCUUUUCUGCCACCUCUGGGGCCAUCUCCACUCUGCCUGGCUCCUGGCCCCUUUCUGCUUGGUAUGCUUUCCCAGUUGCCACGCUGUCAGUCCUCUGUGCCAGCUCUUGCCCACCCCACACGCCUUCACUAUCUCCUGCGCUUGAUGACCUUCCUUCUGGGUCCAGGAGCUGGAGGGUCUGAGGCCCAAGGGAUGCUGGGUCAGGCCCUGCUGCUCUCCAGUCUCCCAGACAACUGUUCCUUCUGGGAUGCCUUCCGGCCAGAAGGCCGGCGUAGUGUACUGCGGACAGUUGGGGAAUACCUGGAGCAGGAACAGCCAACCCCACCAGGAUUUGAGCCUACCACCAGCCUCGGCUCUGGUAUGAGCAAGAUGGAGCUGCUAUCCUGCUUCAGUCCUGUUCUGUGGGAUCUGCUACAGAGAGAGAAGAGUGUUUGGGCCCUGAAAAUUCUAGUGCAGGCAUACCUACACAUGCCCCCAGAAGACCUUCAGCAGCUGGUACUUUCAGCCGAGAUGGAGGCUGCACAGGGCUUCCUGACACUCAUGCAUCAGUCUCUCCAUUUCUGUGUCCUGCAGGUGCCACCAUCGAAGGAGCAGGCCAUGGGUCACCUGACAGCCCUGCUGCUCCAGCGGUACCCACGCCUCACCUCCCAGCUCUUCAUCGACAUGUCGCCUCUCAUCCCCUUCUUGGCUGUCUCUGACCUGAUGCGCUUCCCACCAUCCCUGUUGGCCAAUGACAGUGUCUUGGCUGCCAUCCGGGAUCACAGCUCAGGAAUGAGGCCUGAACAGAAAGAGGCCCUGGCAAAGCGACUGCUGGCCCCUGAGCUCUUUGGAGAGGUCCCUGAUUGGCCCCAGGAGCUGCUGUGGGCAGCGCUGCCGUUGCUCCCCCAUCUCCCUCUGGAGAACUUUCUACAGCUCAGCCCUCACCAGAUCCAGGCCCUGGAGGAUAGCUGGCCUGUAGCAGGUCUCGGGCCAGGGCAUGCCCGCCAUGUUCUGCGUAGCCUGGUGAACCAGAGUGUCGAGGAUGGUGAAGAACAGGUGCGCAGGCUUGGGUCCCUCGCUUGUUUCCUGAGCCCUGAGGAGCUGCAGAGCCUGGUGCCCUUGAGUGAUCCAAUGGGGCCUGUAGAACGGGGCCUGCUGGAAUGUGCGGCCAAUGGAACCCUCAGCAUAGAAGGACGGGUGGCGUAUGAACUUCUGGGUGUCUUGCGCGCAUCUGGAGGAGCUGUUCUAAGCCCCAGGGAGCUGCAGGGGUGGGCCCCUCUCUUUCCUCAGCUGGGCCUCCGCUUCCUUCAGGAGCUGUCAGAGCCUCAGCUUAGAGCCAUGCUUCCUGCCCUGCAGGGAACCAGUGUCACACCUGCCCAGGCUGUCCUGCUGCUUAGAAGGCUCAUCCCUAAGCAUGAUCUGUCCCUGGAGGAACUCUGCUCCUUGCACCCUCUUCUGCCAGGUCUCAGCCCACAGACACUCCAGGCCAUCCCUAGACAAGUUCUGGUUGGGGCCUGUUCCUGCCUGGCCCCUGAACUGUCACGACUGUCCGCUUGCCAGACUGCUGCACUCUUGCAGACUUUUCGGGUGAAAGAUGGCGUUAAAAAUAUGGGUACAACAGGUGCUGGUGCAGCUGUGUGCAUUCCUGGUCAGCCCAUCCCCACCACUUGGCCAGACUGCCUGCUUCCCCUGCUCCCAUUAAAGCUACUACAACUGGACACUGCAGCUCUUCUGGCAAACCAAAGACGCUAUCGGCAUCUUCUCUGGUCAGAGCAGCAGGCACAGUUUCUCUGGAAGAAAAUGCAGUUGCCCACCAGCUUAACUCUUAGGAAUCUACAGGCCCUGGGAAACCUGGCAGGGGGCAUGUCCUGUGAGUUUCUGCAGCAGAUCAACUUAAUGGUAGACUUCCUAGAUGUGGUACACAUGCUCUAUCAACUGCCCACUGGUAUUCGGAAGAGCCUGAGGACCUGUAUCUGGGCAGAGCUACAGCGGAGGAUGACAAUGUCAGAGCCAGAGCUGACCACCCUGGGGCCCGAGCUGAGCGAGCUUGACACAAAGCUGCUCCUGGAUUUACCGAUCCAAAUGAUGGACAGAUUAUCUAAUGACUCCAUUAUGUUGGUGGUGAAGCUGAUACAAGGAGCUCCCGAGCAGCUGCUAGCAAUGACCCCACUCCACCGGGCAGCCUUGGCAGAGAGGGCUCUAAAAUACCUGGCUCCAAAGGAGACCCUGAUCUCAGAGGAAGUGCUGGAGGCAUUGGGCCCCUUAGUUGGAUUCCUGGGAAUAGAGAGCACAAGACGGAUCCCUUUACCAAUCCUGCUGUCCCAUCUCAGUCAGCUGCAAGGCUUCUGCCUAGGAGAGACAUUUGCCACAGAGCUUGGAAGGCUGCUGUUGCAGGAACCUGUUCUUGGGAAACCAGAGUCAUGGAGCCAGGAUGAAGUAGAGCAAGCUGGACGCCUGGUGUUUACUCUGUCCACGGAAGCUAUUUCCUUGAUCCCCAGGGAGGUUUUGGGCCCAGAGACCCUGGAGCGUCUUCUAGAGAAGCAGCAGAGCUGGGAGCAGAGCAGAAUUGGGCAUCUGUGUGGGGGGCCACGGCUUGCUCCCAAGAAAGCAGCUCUGGUAGCUGGGAUUGUACGUCCAGCUGCUGAGGGCCUCCCAGAGCCUAUACCAAACUGUGCAGACAUUCGGGGGACCUUCCCGGCAGCCUGGUCGGCCACACAAAUUGCAGAGAUGGAACUCUCAGACUUUGAAGACUGCCUGGCACUAUUUGCUGGAGAUCCAGGACUUGGACCCGAGGAACUGCUGGCAGCCAUGGACAAGGCAAAGCAGUUAUGGGGUCCCCCCCAAGGAUUCCGUCCUGAACAGAUUCUACAGCUGGGCCGGCUCCUCAUAGGUCUAGGAGAACAGGAGCUACAGGAGCUGAUCCUGGUGGACUGGGGAGUGCUGAGCACCUUGGGGCAAAUAGAUGGCUGGAGCUCUGUCCAGCUCCGGAUUGUGGUCUCCAGUUUCCUACGGCAAAGUGGUCUGCACGUGAGCCACCUGGACUUCAUUUACCUGACAGCACUGGGUUACACGCUCUGUGGACUGCGGCCAGAGGAGCUACAGCAUAUAAGCAGUUGGGAGUUUAGCCAAGCAGCUCUCUUCCUGGGCCACCUGCAUCUCCCGUGCUCUGAGGAACAGCUGGAGGUUCUGGCCUACCUCCUUGUGCUGCCUGGUGGCUUUGGUCCAGUCAGUAACUGGGGGCCUGAGAUCUUCACUGAAAUUGGCACAAUAGCAGCUGGCAUCCCAGACUUGGCUCUUUCAGCACUACUGCAGGGACAGAUCCAGGGCUUGACACCUCUUGCCAUUUCUGUCAUCCCUGCUCCUAAAUUUGCUGUGGUAUUCAACCCCAUGCAGCUAUCUAGUCUCACCAGUGUUCAGGCUGUGGCUGUCACUCCUGAGCAAAUGGCCUUCCUGAGUCCUGAGCAGCGACGAGCAGUUUCAUGGGCCCAGCAUGAGGGGAAGGAGAUCCCAGAACAGCAGGGUCGGAGCUCAGCCUGGCACCUCCGUGUCGGCUCACAAUUCUCCUGGACUCUGACAUGGACCAUUGGUUUUCUUGGCCACCUACUAUGA